AAAACAUUAGAGCUGGAAGAUCAAUCACUUUUAUAAAAGAUAAACCCUACUUUCAAAUUAUAAAAACUAUAAACAUGUCUCAUAUUGCUGUGAAGAGAAAUAGGAAAAGGCAACUGAAUGAACAUCUUAAAGUUUUGCGUUCUUUAACCCCUUGUUUCUACGUUAAGAGGGGUGACCAAGCAUCGAUCAUAGGCGGUGUGAUGGAGUUCAUCAAGGAAGUGCAACAAGUUUUACAAUCUCUGGAAUCGAAGAAACAAAGGAAGAGUUUAAGCCCUAGCCCUAGUCCAAGUACUCCAAAGUCACUACAUCUGCCUGCAAAACCUAGCCCUAUGGGAGAAGUCGGCGCAUGUUUCAACUCGUCUCUUGCGGAUGUCGAAGCAAGGAUCUCGGGAUCGAACGUCCUCCUGAAAAUCGUUUGCCAACAAAUACCUGGUCAGAUUCUGAAGAUAGUAGCUGUGCUGGAGAAAUUUUCAUUUGACGUUCUUCACCUCAACAUCAGCAGAAUGGAAGAGACUGUGUUAUACUCCUUUGUCAUCAAGAUUGGUCUAGAAUGUCAACUGAGCUUGGAGGAACUUGCUACUGAAGUUCAGCAAAGCUUCUUCUCAGAGCCUGUUUUUCUCAACGAAAUAUAGUUUUUCAUACUAAUAAAAUUUUCAUGUUUUCAUGGUGGUUAUAUCAGCAUACAAGAAAUGGAACAUAUAUAAUUUCAUUUCUUUUAAAUUAUAAUAUAUUUACUGGUAAAUAAAGAAAAUCAUCAACCUAUCCACUUUUUCCAUUUUGUGGAGGG